AUGGCAGAUGAGACGGCGCUCCAUGACUUCCCUUCGCUCUUCUCCCUCAAGGGCAAGGUCGCCGUCGUCACGGGAGGCUCUCGUGGUCUCGGUUUGAACGCUGCUUCAGCCAUUCUCCAAUCGGGCGCUUCUCUUGUCUUCAUCACCUCACGUAAGGCCAAGGCCUGCGAGAGCGCCGUCGCGCAGCUCAACAAGCUGCCCAACCUGGCCCCUGGAGCCAAGGCCAUUUCGGUGCCCGCCGACUCGGCCACCAUGGAGGGCAUCAAGUCGCUGGUGUCGCAGGUCAAGGCACACACUGACCACGUGGACAUUCUCCUCGCCAACGCGGGCGCGUCGUGGGGCGAGUCCUUUGACACGCACCCGGACUCGGCCUUUGCAAAGGUCAUGGACCUCAACGUCAAGGCCGUCUUCAACACGAUUCGCGAGUUUGCGCCCUUGCUGCAAAAGCGCGCCAGCGUCGAGGACCCCAGCCGCGUCGUCAUCACCAGCUCGGUCGCGGGCCUGGGCGUUGGCACCCUGGGCAAGCAGGCCACUUUCGGCUACAGCGCGAGCAAGGCCGCCGUGCUGCACCUGGGCCGCAACCUGGCGCUCGAGCUGGGCCCCCGCCACAUCACCGUCAACUCCAUCUGCCCCGGCUGGUUCCCCACCAAGAUGAGCUCCGGCCUGCUGGAUCUCACGGGCGGUCUCGACAAGCACGCCAAGAGCAACCCCAUGGGCCGGCUGGGCCGCCCCGAGGAUUUCGCCGGCGCGGUGGUGUACUUGACCUCGCGGGCCGGCGGGCACGUCAAUGGUGCCGAGAUUGCCAUUGAUGGCGGCAGCUUGUGGAAUCGUGGCGGGCUGUUGGAUGCGCAAGAGGAGACGGUGGAAAAGGCCAAGCUCUAA